AACAAACACUAUUAAGACAUUUUCAAUUCAGAAGUCAAUUGUAUAUGAUCACUUAAACAUCCAAACACUACUAGAUGACUGCUGAAACAAUUCAACCCAGUUUUAUGUGCAUACUAUCUUAUUCAUCUGGUGGCUAUUUGGGUACUACAUGUGAUAAACCUCACCUAGCAGUUGCUUUGCAAAUCGUGCUGGUGGAACAAUGAGCCAGAGAGGAAUAGCUUCAAAUGUCAAGGCUGCUUUUGGAGUAAGUAAAUAAGACAAGCCAGUCUUGGACUGUCAUUAGAAACUAAUCCAACCUGUUUAACUAGGUGGUGGAUAGUCAGGUGCUGUAAUGAUCAGUGAGUCAGUUCGCCAGAGAACGAAUGUAUGGUAAUGUAAACACACAAAUGACAGUGAAUGGAGGAGAGGGACAGACAGACUGUGUCAUAAGGACUUCACAUGGCUGAGAGACAUGAAUUUCCUUGCCACCACGGACCUGUCCAUUGGGGACCUACGUAUGCCAUUCACUGAAGAGGUCAAGUACUGUAUCCUGGGAAUCUCUGCAGCCCUCUUCCUGAUUGCUCUGAGCAUUCUGGUGUGGCAAUUAUACCGAUACCGCUCAUAUGCUCCAAGGAAACCUCUUGAUGAGUUACUUUCAUCUGAUGGCAAGCCAGCAAAGACUGGAGUCUUCCACACAGAAACCCAGAGGCCUAAUUUUAAGGUGGAGAAGCUCCAUGAAGAGGCGCGGAGGUUGAGCAAUUGCCUGUCCAUGGGCAGCCAUGUGGAGUUGCUCAGCCUGGAGGACCAGCAGGAAGAGGUGGUGGUGCAGGGCUCCCUGCGCUUUUCCCUCUACUAUGACCAGCUGCAGUCCAGACUGGUGGUCACCCUUCUGGAAGCCUGGGGUCUGCCGGUGAGGGACUUAAGUCGCAGUGUGGACCCCUUUGUGAGGGUCCGGCUGCUAUGGGCCAGGCAGGAGAAGGAGAAAGAGGAGCAGUCCUCUCCUUCGCUGCAGUGUGUGCUCCAUGAGUGGCAGUCCCAUAUGGUGAAGGACAGCAGCAGCCCAACGUUUGGGGACCAGUUCUCCUGCUCUCUGGAGGAGGAGGAUGUCCCUCACAUCACCAUCAGGUUUGAGGUUAAAGACUUUGAUAAAUUCUCCAGGCAUAGGAUCCUGGGAGAGGUCAGAGUUCAUCUGUGUGAUAUGGAAAUCUCAUACCCUCUUGAAGUCAUCAAGGACCUACAGGCACCACAGAAGGUGGGUGAUACACUCUAUCUGGAUCUAUGUGUACAAAAUUAUAUACAUUCCGUCUGUGUACUUUCUUGACUUCAGUAAUACAUUAUUAUAAUUUCCAGGACCUGGUUGGAGAGGUGCUUCUCUUUAUGAAGUAUCUCCCCACCCUCCAGAGGCUAGAGGUUGGUCUGCUGAAAAUCAGGGCACCACCUCAGCCAAGUAAAAAAAAUCAAGCACUGUAUGGCAAGAUCAGUGUCCUCUGCAACCAGUUCAAGCUGCGGCACCAGAAGUCCACUGUUAAGACCUGGAGGGAAGUGACCGUCUUCAACGAAGUCAUGAUGUUCACACUGCCAG